AGCUGUUAGGAUUUCUGGGAGUUGAAGGCCAAAACAUCUGGGGACCCACAAGUCGAGAACCACUGCCUCAAGGGACAAACUCUGGCAUUACCUCCGAAGUGAAAGAAUUGGAAAAACCCAACUCUUCCUUGAAAACCUGUGAUGUCUAUACAUGUGUGGGUUAAAUCUAGGGCAAAGGAGGGUAAAAAUUGAUGGGAGGGUCCAAUGUGAAAGGUUUUGAACCCCUCCCCUUAUAUAUAAAACAAAGACUCCGCCUCCAAUAUGUGGCAUUCAGUGUGUGUCCACACCAGGGUAGAAUUGGCACCAUGCUCUCCAGAUCAGCCAUGCACGUGCCACAUUAUGCCCCUUCCAUGUUCAGGGAGUUUGACAGAUGGAAGGACUAUCUGAGCCUUGCGAAAGUGGUUACGGAGAUCAUCGCGGAACGCAAGAAGGUCCCGUUUCCAUCUCAGAGUUGGGACACAAUGGACUACGACAUGCAGCUAGUCCUCAACGAGGACAACUUUGAAACAGCAUCACAAUGGGUUAAUGGAAGCGGUUCCAGCAGCAAGAGCUCCAAAGGUAGUGCCAAUGGCCAGGCUUCCCAAAACAAGGAGAUUUGCGAUUUCUGCAAACACAACGGGGAAUCCAAGCAGGUCUAUUCGUCCCACCGGCUGAAGGGGAUGGACGGCACCGUGGAGUGCCCCAUCUUGCGCAAAUACACCUGUCCGCUCUGCGGUGCCACGGGCAAAAAGGCCCAUACUUUAAAAUACUGCCCACUGAGCCAAGGGAAGAGGUCGCUGUAUCGCAAGUGCGGACGCAACUCGGCUGGACGCAAGUAUUAA